AUGAACUCUGUCCUGUCUGUCUACCUGCUGGCGAGUCUGUCACUUUACUGCCUACUGCUUACAGUGGGUAAAGGUGAGGGGCAGUUUGUUCCAGGGAGGUGUGAGUGUUAUGACACAAAGAUAACUGUCAGAGGACCACUGUCUGACCUCAAAGUCACACUCAAAGGCCUCACCUGCAACACUGACCAAAUCAUAGUGGUAAUGAAGAGGACCAGUGAGCCUGUGUGUGUGAAUCCAAUGGGAGAACUGGGAAAACAGCUACUGCGCUGCUGGAAGAAAACCAACGGAUUGGAUAAGAAGAGGUGUCUGAGAAGGAGGAGAGGGCAGGGGAAACGAGGACAGAAACAGAGGAAACUCAGGGGGCAAUCUAAAGAGAGCAAAAGAAGGGCAACACCAAUCCCUGCCUUAGGGUGA